AGCGGCGGCGGCGCGAUGCCGGCGGCGGCCGGGGGGCUGCUGUGGUGGAGCUGCUGCGUGCUGGCGGCGGCGGCCGGGGCCCCGCGGGCCGCCGCGGCGGCGCAGGCAGUGUGUGCUGGCACUGAGAACAAGCUGAGCUCCCUGUCUGACCUGGAGCAGCAGUACCGGGCCCUGCGCAAGUAUUAUGAGAACUGUGAGGUGGUGAUGGGCAACCUGGAGAUCACCAGCAUCGAGCACAACAGAGACCUCUCCUUCCUGAGGUCUAUCCGAGAAGUGACGGGCUAUGUGCUGGUGGCUUUGAACCAGUUUGAGUACCUGCCCCUGGAGAACCUGCGCAUCGUCCGUGGCACCAAGCUCUACGAGGAGCGCUACGCCCUGGCCAUAUUCCUCAACUACAGGAAGGAUGGCAACUUCGGGCUCAGGGAACUUGGCUUGAGGAACCUGACAGAGAUACUGAAUGGAGGGGUCUAUGUUGGCCAGAACAAAUUUCUCUGCUUUGCAGACACCAUUCAUUGGCAAGACAUCGUGCGUAACCCCUGGGCCUCCAACUUCACUCUGGUUCCAACCAACGGCAGCUCAGGAUGUGGUCGUUGCCACAAGUCCUGCACAGGACGGUGCUGGGGACCAACAGAGAAUCACUGCCAGACCUUGACCAAGACCGUGUGUGCAGAGCAGUGCGACGGACGCUGCUACGGGCCCUACGUCAGUGACUGCUGCCACCGCGAGUGCGCCGGGGGCUGCUCCGGACCCAAGGACACCGACUGCUUCGCCUGCAUGAAUUUCAAUGACAGUGGUGCCUGUGUCACACAGUGCCCCCAGACCUUUGUGUACAACCCCACCACCUUCCAGCUGGAGCACAAUCACAACGCCAAGUACACCUACGGGGCUUUCUGCGUCAAGAAGUGCCCGCACAACUUUGUGGUAGAUUCCAGCUCUUGUGUCCGGGCAUGUCCGAGCUCCAAGAUGGAGGUUGAAGAAAAUGGAAUUAAGAUGUGCAAGCCCUGCACUGACAUUUGUCCUAAAGCAUGUGAUGGCAUUGGGACGGGCAGUUUGGUGUCGGCUCAGACAGUGGAUUCCAGCAACAUUGACAAGUUUGUAAACUGUACCAAGAUCAAUGGCAACCUUAUCUUCCUUGUCACUGGGAUUCAUGGAGACCCGUAUCACACGAUCGCUGCCAUCAAUCCAGAGAAAUUAAAUAUCUUCCAAACAGUGAGAGAGAUAACAGGGUAUUUGAACAUACAGUCAUGGCCUGAGAAUAUGACAGACUUCAGGGUGUUUUCUAACUUGGUUACCAUCGGUGGGAGAGCUCUCUAUAGUGGCCUUUCCUUGCUCAUCCUAAAGCAACAAGGCAUCACCUCCCUGCAGUUCCAGUCCUUGAAGCAAAUCAGUGCUGGCAACAUCUACAUCACAGACAACAGCAAUUUGUGCUACUACCACACUGUCAACUGGAGCAGCCUGUUCAGCACCCCCAGCCAAAAGACAGUGAUCCACAGGAACAAAAGGGCAGAGAACUGCACUGCUGAUGGCAUGGUGUGCAACGAGCUGUGCUCCAGCGACGGCUGCUGGGGGCCAGGGCCAGACCAGUGCCUGUCCUGCAAGCGCUUCAUCCGGGGCAGGACCUGCAUCGACUCCUGCAACCUCUACGACGGGGAAUUCCGAGAGUUUGCCAACGGCUCAGUGUGUGUGGAGUGUGAUCCCCAGUGUGAGAAGAUGGAGGAAAACAUGAUCACCUGCUACGGGCCGGGACCUGACCACUGCACAAAGUGUUUCCAUUUUAAGGAUGGUCCAAAUUGUGUGGAAAAAUGUCCUGAUGGCUUGCAGGGGGCCAACAGCUUCAUUUUCAAGUACGCUGACGAGGAUCGGGAGUGCCAUCCGUGUCAUCCCAACUGCACCCAAGGGUGUAGAGGCCCAGCUAGUCAUGACUGCAUUUUCUAUCCAUGGACACGGCAGUCCACGCUGCCACAGCACGCUAGAACCCCCCUGAUUGCUGCAGGAGUCAUUGGUGGCCUCUUCAUCAUCGUCAUCAUGGGCCUGACGUUCGCCGUGUACGUUCGGCGCAAAAGCAUCAAGAAGAAGAGAGCACUGAGAAGGUUCCUGGAGACUGAGCUGGUGGAACCCCUGACCCCGAGCGGCACGGCGCCCAACCAAGCCCAGCUCCGCAUCCUGAAGGAGACAGAGCUGAAGAGAGUCAAGGUGCUGGGCUCUGGAGCCUUUGGAACAGUGUACAAGGGGAUCUGGGUCCCUGAGGGAGAAACAGUAAAGAUUCCUGUGGCCAUCAAGAUCCUUAAUGAGACCACUGGUCCGAAAGCCAAUGUGGAGUUUAUGGAUGAAGCUCUGAUCAUGGCCAGCAUGGACCACCCACACCUGGUGAGGCUCCUGGGUGUCUGCCUGAGCCCCACCAUCCAGCUGGUCACCCAGCUGAUGCCUCACGGCUGCCUCCUGGAUUAUGUCCAUGAACAUAAGGACAACAUUGGCUCCCAGCUCCUGCUCAACUGGUGUGUCCAAAUAGCUAAGGGCAUGAUGUACCUGGAAGAGAGAAGACUCGUGCACCGGGACCUGGCAGCCCGUAAUGUCCUGGUGAAAUCACCAAACCACGUGAAAAUCACUGACUUUGGCUUGGCCAGGCUUCUGGAAGGGGAUGAAAAGGAGUACAAUGCUGAUGGGGGAAAGAUGCCAAUUAAGUGGAUGGCUCUGGAGUGCAUACACUACAGGAAAUUCACCCAUCAGAGUGAUGUGUGGAGCUAUGGGGUGACCAUCUGGGAGCUGAUGACCUUUGGUGGGAAGCCCUACGAUGGAAUCCCAACCCGAGAGAUCCCCGACCUGCUGGAGAAGGGAGAGCGCCUGCCCCAGCCCCCAAUCUGCACCAUUGAUGUUUAUAUGGUGAUGGUGAAGUGCUGGAUGAUUGAUGCUGACAGUCGGCCAAAAUUCAAGGAGCUGGCUGCUGAAUUCUCUAGAAUGGCUCGAGACCCUCAGAGAUACCUGGUAAUUCAGGGAGAUGAUCGUAUGAAGCUCCCAAGCCCAAAUGACAGCAAGUUCUUCCAAAAUCUUCUCGAUGAGGAAGACCUGGAAGAUAUGAUGGAUGCUGAAGAGUAUCUUGUUCCUCAAGCCUUCAACAUUCCUCCUCCUAUCUACACCUCCAGGACAAGAAUUGAUUCCAACAGACAGAACCAGUUUGUGUACCGGGACGGCGGCUACGCGGCCGAGGUGCCGAUGCCCUACAGGGCUCCUGGCUGCAUCCUUCCAGAAGCCCCAGCUGCUCAAGGGGCCACAGCAGAGAUCUUUGAAGACACUUGCUGCAAUGGCACGAUGCAGAAGCAGGUGGCAGCCCUGGCAAAAGAGGACAGCAGCACCCAGAGGUACAGCGCUGACCCCACCGUCUUCAUGCCCGAGCGGGUUGUGCGGGGAGAGCUGGAUGAGGACGGGUACAUGACACCGAUGAGAGACAAACCCAAAACAGAUUACCUAAACCCAGUGGAAGAGAACCCAUUUGUUUCCCGACGAAAGAAUGGAGAUCUCCAAGCUGUGGACAACCCAGAGUACCACAAGGCUCCAAACGGGCAGCCCAAAGCCGAGGACGAGUACGUGAACGAGCCGUUGUACCUCAACACCUUCGCCAGCACCUUGGAAAACGCCGAGUACCUGAAGAACAAUUUGCCAGAGAAAGCCAAGAAGGCCUUUGACAACCCAGACUACUGGAACCACAGCCUGCCCCCACGGAGCACCCUCCAGCACCCGGACUACCUGCAAGAGUACAGCACAAAAUACUUUUACAAACAGAACGGACGGAUCCGGCCCAUAGUGGCAGAGAAUCCCGAAUACCUCUCCGAGUUCUCCCUGAAGCCUGGCACUGUGCUGCCCCCGCCGCCCUACAGACACCGGAACACCGUGGUGUAGUGGCUGUGCUCUCACUGAAGUGGAAAGGCAACCCCCUUCUAGCUGCCUCACUCAUCCUUUCCCACUCCCCCCUUCUCCCUGCCCUUGCCCAUCCUUCCUCCCUCCCUUCCCUCUCUUUCUCCCACGAGCUUCCUCUUCUUGCCAGUUCACUCAUUUUUGAUAUUUCUAAGUGAAAGGAUGUCUCGGAGUUGGUUGCAGAUUGGGUUGGGAGCCUGGAAGGAAGGAAGGAAAGAGACUGAAAGAAGGAGUGUCCAACCUGGCCUUCCCCACUUUCGGCAGAGGCGGGGGUUGGAUGCCCAGAGAAGCCAGGUGGUGCUAGGAAAGGCCGGUGGCAGUGCUGCUUCGAGCUCGUUCUCAGUGAUCCAGCUGUAGGAAGUGCCACAGAAAGGCUGAUUCUUUCAGCAGGAGCUGAUGGGAGUCUGUACAGCAUUCCUGGAAAUCUCCAUGCAAUUUCCAUCAGGGUGAAAAAUGGACAAUUUUUAUAUCCUGUGUGAUAGCGUAGUAAUUGAGAUUGAGAAUCCAAUUUCUUUCUCUAACACUUUCUAUCCCAGCAACUGAAAAUGGCUAACAUAGCUUUUCAAAAACAUUCAGAUCUUCAUUGUGGCUUUCCAAGAAAUGAUGAUGUGACUCCCACAUACAGCUAAACCCCUCUUCUGAGCCACACCGUGAUUUUGUGCCAAUUCCCAGCCACAGAGACUCCUGCUCAGAGCUGGUACUUGACAUGACCAUUUUUGUACGUGUGCCAACACAGCCAUCACUUUAAACACAAAAUACCCUUCAGAAGAGAGUUACAAAACCACAUCUUCAAUAUGGUCAUUUGAAGCUAAAAACCAGGCCAAGAAAUGAAGAUUUGUAUGCCAAAAGUUUUGCUUUUCUUGUUUUAUACCUGCUGACUGUAAACACUGCAAAAGAUUGUCACUAAUUCUUCCCUCUUUUUCUUCUUCAUGGUCAUGAAGGGAGCUGGGGAUGCUGUCAGGCAGCACUGAGGACAAGACAGAGAACUGAAGAGUUUGAUGUUUUGUGGGGUGGGGUGGGAAGGGUCCUUUAAACUGGAAGACAGACACUGGACUGGAGAAAACGCACAUAGUGGUUCACUGGAAAGUUAGUUUGCACUUAACCUCUGAUUUUAUUUGAACUGUUUUCUGGAUUUUGAAUGAAGCAAUAUGGAAGUGACCAGCAAAAUGCAAAAUAAUAAUUUUAAAUUAAAAAAGAAAUAUAAAUUAUUUGUAAAGGAUGACUGUGGAAAUGCCAAAAUGAAGCAAAUCAAGUCUUUGGAACAAUGCCUGCCACUUCUGAGAGGCCGAUGCAGUGACUGCUUCAGAGAAUACAGUGACAGAGCAGCCAGCUCUUCUUGCUGCUCUGUGAAGGACAGCAGAGCAAGCCCUGGAAAGGAUCAGGGGAGGAAAAUGUCUUCCUCUGGCUUGCAGCACAGUACAGAAUACCAUUUUUCUAAAAGGAGGAUUACUCUGGCACAGAAGACAGUGCAUAUGAGGUUUGAGAAGUCAAAAUGUGCAUGAUUUGCAGAGCUUUCUGUCAAAAAUGUAAAUAAGUAUGAGUCAGUCUCCUUGCACUUAGUUCUGCUUUUGUCAACCUCAGUUUUUAGGUAGACACCCCCUGACCUGCUCCUCUUUGGAAAUCUCUUUCAAAGCAGAGUUCUGGAUGUUUUUGGUGAUCUGGGGCAGAUGGAGCUGGGAAGGAGGCACAAGGGCCAGAGGCACCAAGGCUUGUUCCUGGCACACCAGCACUGCGUGUGUAAGAGCAUUUGUGAGCCUGCUUCCCACCAAACACCUUAAGGAACUAUGAGGUACCUUUGGAGAUCUGCCUGUCUCUAUCCAUCAAGGCUUUUAAAGGGAAGAGGCAAUGCCUGGUGGAUGGCAAUCCUGGGUGAUGCAACAGUAUUUCAGUUUAUGUGCUUCAGCUCUGUUAGGGCUGGGAUCUUUAGGGUGACCUAACCUGGCAACAAAACCAGCAGCAAGCAGUGGUCUGGAAAUGGCAUCACCCUCCUCUAAAUUCCUGCCAUUCCAUCAGCUUGCCACCUUUAAUCUUAGAGGAGCAGAGGAAGGGAGUAAGAAACAAGCAACAGCUACCUGAAGCUUAGUAGGUCAGCUUGACAAAGGUGUGAAAAGAUGUUAAAGCUGGCUUGGUUGUUACCCUUGUAGAUGGAAAACACCCUGUGAUCACAAGGCUGGUUCAGCCAGCGAGCUGUUGGUGCACCCGGUGUGUCCAGGUGUGCAUCAAGCUGAAGGUUCUGGAAGCAGCAACAACAGGCACAGAGCUUUGAGCUGGGAAAAGGAGACCUUGGGUCAAGUGGUACCAAGGUGGUUUGUGGUGAUAUAACCAAAUGGCCACUGCCAGGAGAUAGAUGGAUAUCAUCUGCACUGAGGGGCCUCUUCUGGUGCCUCUGGUAGCUCCUCACCAUGUUGGUGGGACAGGGGCACACAGCAGGCAGGGGCUGGGGCACAGAGGGUGGCUGCUCCAGGGAAGGUUUGCCCACAGCAGUGCUCACCUGCUGCACAGGUCUGCCAGGCUGGGACAAUGCUGCCAAGCUGCCUGGGGACAGGGACCAGCGCAGGAAUGUGGGUGUUCAGCACAGCAGCUGCCUGCAGGACCAUAGGUAGGUGGAGAAAGGUUGAUUUGUCCCUGAAUGGUUCUUGUAACAGAGUAACUCCUAAUGGAGAAAAAUAAAAAAUGAAAUGCUGGCUCAGCUGACAUGUUUGGAUUCAGAGAUGAGCUCAGAGGCUGCUGGGGCAGAGGCAGGCACACCUCCAGAGCCAGGCACGGGGAUGGAGCUGCUCACACAAGGUGAGGCCUGUUUGUUCCUCUGGCAAUGAAGUAGUGCUCAUCUUAGAAACAAGCCCAUGGAGUAAUCCAAGUGUAAAUACUGGUGGGGUUUAACAAUUUAACCUUUUAUUUCUUACAAGGCUUGAAUUAUUUAUUAAUUUUAUUUGUUGACUGUGGGUGUGCUGUAAUAUAUUAAGUAGCAUGGAAAUGCAGAGGCUCCUGCAGGUGGGGCAGCAGGAAAGCUGGAACAGGGGCUCUGCCUGGCAGCCCGGAUGAGCCAUGCAGAGCCAUGCUAGUGGGGUCUGGGAUACAGAGGACAGGCAGAGGCUUCAUCAGCACAGCGAUUCGGGAUGAGGGAGAGCUCCACACGCUGCAGCUUCUCAAUUUUUUUUUUUUUUAAUUGUUUUCUGAGCUUCUGGUUUGAGUUGCAGUUGCCAAAACUGGCCCUUGGGUUCCGUGAGCUUAGCUGGCAGGUUUGCCUCUUUGCAACAGAUAGUUUAAUCAUGGCUAAAGAAAAAAAGAAAGGGAAACUGAGAGCAGAACUGUUUGGCUGUUUUAAUUCCAGCAGCAAUGCCUGGCUGUCCCUAACUCACAUCUUUGCCUUACUGGGUGUUGCUGCUGGCUUGGGGAAAGAACUUGGGCAAGUGCAGAUGGCAAAAUCAUGGCAAGCAUUCCACUGGGAUUCAUAUGGGGUGAAAGAUGAGGGCCAAGGUCUUUAAGGCAUAAUGACAGGUCUGGGCGAAAAGCACACACACACACACACAAACUGCAUUUUGUCAGCACAAAGCAGCAGGAGAGCAGAUCAACAGAAGUACUUUGGGUGUGAUUCACUUUCUAGUGCUACAGAGGGAUCUGUGGGUUUUAGAAUGCAGUCUCCUGUUUACAAAUGUUCUGUUUCCUCCUGUCAUGGCCUGUGUCACAGGAGAGCAGUGACCACCUUUUCAAAAGCACGUUUUUAGCUGAGUGUGGCUCAGCCAUUAUCCAAGGCACAAAGCAUCCUGCUAAAGGAAAGAGAACAACAUUUGUUAUUUUCUCCUGAUCUCUUUCAGUGUUACUUGUCCUAGCUGUCAUUACCUACCUGAGGGUUAUUGCAAGCAGAUGCUGGGGCCGAUUGACUCACUGUAGCAUAAUUGGCUGAAACCAACUACUUUUAACACUUACUUCUUCAGAUCUUUUCAGAUUUUCCUUUUUCUGCAGAAUGGCCAGGAGGGAUUUUUUACAUGGCCAUUGGCUCAGAGGUAGCAGAGUAUUUACAGCUAUAUUUCAGACAGCUUGUCUCUCUCAGGUAGCAAGAGAUGGAAAUAAAUCUGCAAUAGGAGCCAUGUAGAUCUGUUUGAGGUACCCUGAAAUCCUUUUCUGUCUACAAAGAAAUGCUGUAUUACUCCUGGAUGUACCACACACUUGGUAGAAAAUGUGUUUCUUGACUGCAAGGCUCAUAUGCAAUGAUCUGACACCAUUUUCCACUGAAGAUGUCACCCUCAGCCACCACUAAUCCCAGCCCAGCAGGAAGGAAGGUGCAGCUCUGGAAGAGCAGCUCAGCCCUGACUCUGUGGAUCCACUCUUUCCAUAGCUUUAGGUAGAGCUGGGCAGCACAGGGGAGAAGUAUGAGUUGUGAGGUGAGUCAGCCUAGAAAUACAGCUUGGUUUUGGGGAUGGAAAAUCAAAUAUUAAAGAAAAAAGAAAAUCUAUUUUUGUCUGUUUAAGUGUUGGGCAUCAUGGUAGCAGCUAACAGAACGAUGGGAUUGUUUGAGUUCCUUGAUUCCAUCUGGGAGAUGAAGAGACAAGGCACAAUGAGGCUGUUCAUUUCAUCAAGUAGGGAGCUGCAGUUGUCCCACAGAGUAGCCUCAGUGAAGCACCACUGUCUGUGCAGGAUUCCCUCUUUUUUUUUUUUUUUUUUUUCCUGCCUGUUGCUAUAAAGGUGGAAACGGUCACUGUUACAAAUGGGGCUUUCAGACUGGGAACAAAUAACAAAAAUAAAGCUAUGUGGUUAGAAGCACCACUCUAAAAUGUCCAAAGAUCAUGUCUCCAAGUCAGUUCUAAUGUUAUUUUAGCACGAUUUUAUUUUGCCACUGUGUGGAAUAGUGGUUUGUUCCGAGGAAAUCACAGGCAGGUGAGGCUGUUGGUGGUGCUGCUGCAGUGAUGGCUGGGAUCUGCCUGUAGGUUUGGACAAUGCAGAGCACUUUUUAGGGAUUUUUGUGGUUGUUCAAGGCUGACUGAUGGACUCAGUGGGGCUUGAACUCUAGCCAGUCUCCUCUCCUAACCAGAGCCAGAGGGACACUGGGCCUCCUCCAGCUGGGGUCUGUGGCAGCAAUACAGGAAAAGUGUGAGGGGGAAGUCCAAGGACAUCCCAAUAGGAAACAAGAGGAAUCAAAGUAAUUGUUUGGGGUUUUUUUGUUCCUUUUUUAUUAUUUAAUUUUAGAAGCGAGCUUUGCGGACCAUGGCUGAGAGAGGUUUUAAGGGCAGUUUCAUAAGGCUGCGUGGGUAGUUCUGUCCCAGCUCUUCUCCCCUCACCAACAAAAAAGCCAUGAAAUCACACUCCAGAGGUGUUGUGGAUGAGCCCUUCACCUGCUGGGAAGGUGCAUCCUGCCAUCCUGCCCUUCAGCAUCAGGCUGCUGGCUCAGGUGUGACCACAGGAGCCACCAGCUGUCACCGAGCACCAUCUGCCAGCACUUUGGUCCCCAGCCCGACCUUGGAGCUCUCCUAGGGGGAAACACUGCAUUGUCCAUAGCACUCUGAAGACUAAACCCUUUUGGGAUAACCACAGUAGGGAACUGUGAGUGGUAUUUUCUAAGUGUAGAUAGGUCUGCUGUUCUUUCGAGGUAAGGUACUCUGACAUAUGUAGCAUAAACUGGUCCUGCUGUUAAAUGGGUCGAUUAUUAACUGAGCAGCUGUGUGGGGGGUAGCUAACUUUGAAUGCAUGAAAUCACUGCUCCUCUGGAUUUGGGAUGGGAGGUAGGUACUGGCUGCUUGUGGGGGUACUUAUGGUGGGGUAAUGCAAGAGGGAAAUGCAGGUGAAUGAGAAAACUGGGAAUUUUUUACAGCAUUUUAAAGAUGGAAAUGGGUAGCCAUUUGAUACAUUGUUCACAAUGGUUUUAAUCCCUUCUUUUGCCCAGUUUUUGCCACUUCCCCAAUAUUGUAAGCUGGAAUAGCUAAAUGGGUAUCAGGGAAGGGAAACUGAAGGGAAAAGAAGUCUCUUUCUGAGAACAGAGAUAGCCAAAUUUCAUUUCCUGAUCUGGUGGUCUUGAACCAUUGACUUUUCAGAUGAGGCUUAAAUUCAGGCCCGGGGUAUGACAUUACUGUCCCCUGGGAAUCAGAGCCUCCCACCUGGCAGGUGACACUGGGGUAGCACUGAGCUCCUGGUGACUCCUGAUCACGGUGCCAGCAUGGGCCAGCCCAGAGGGACCAGCAGCACACGCAGGUGGGGUGGUCUGGGUUUCUGUCAAUCCUCCACGUUCUGAAAGAGCCACAGCAUAAAACAACAAUACUUCUGCCUUAUGAAGUACCUUCAGAAGAAGAGAAGUGUCAGCAAGUUGGGGAAGACACUCAUUUCUUGCAAAGUGAUGCAUUCAGAGUUAGCUGCCUUUCUGAAACAAAAAUAAAAAGAAAUUCAAUACCUACUGUAUGUUACUUUGAAAAUGUGAAUAGUAUUUUUAUAGCUUGUUAAAGACACAGCUAGUUGCAUUUGUAAAUAAGGAUAAUGUUGCUUUUAUUUUCCUUGUGGACACCAUUGUUUGGAACAUAAUUGUCCUUAGGGUUGAUUUGUAUAUAGGUAAUUUGCUUGUGAUUUAAGCCGCUCCUCCCCUUUGCUUUCUGUCCCUUCCCACCCUCUGGUUUUGGUUAGAGGUACCAUUUUCAGCAUUCUGUGUGAUUCUGUGUUUUAGCACUGUUGUGGUGUGUUCAGACUUUCUGCACUUGCUUACACAGUAGGGUAUGCCAAUCGUGUGUGGCGUAAUGUUACUUUAACCUUUUGUUUCUCAUACUUUAGCUGUUGAGAAUUAUACACUGUUAAAAUACUUACUGACCUGGGUUAAGAUUAGGUACAUAUUUUAGCAUCAUUUCCCUUCUUUUCACGGUUUCUCGGGGGUUUUCUUUCUUUUUUUUUUUUUUUUUUUUUUUCCUUCCUUCCUUUCCCUUCCCUUUUGUCUUGUUUGGAAGCUGGGAAGAAACCUGUGGAUCUUCUCUUUGUGUGGUUCUAUUCCCCACUCCCGUGUGCAGCCCGGAGUUUCUCCUCAUGGUCCUUGGGGUAGAGCUUUAUCUGUUUGUUAAGGCAAAUGUAGACUGCGACCCACCUUGCAUCAACCCACGCUCAUCCCAGCUGAACAAUUUGAAAACUGUUCUGCCUUUUUGUUACAUGAAUCUGUCAGAAAUAUAUUUUUAAUUUAAUAUAAAUGAAAUUCAAUAAAAUACGAAACAAA